CUGCAUCGUCUCUUUGGUUCACAGCAGCAGCCAGCUUUCUGCAUCUACUUUUCAAAGCUGCGCAGGGCUGUGCUGGAUCUGCACACAUUUUAUGAGGGUGGAGCUUCGUGACGUCACGCAGCAUCCCUCGCAGAACGGGAUUCUGUGCAGAACUGUGGAAUUCUGUGCUACAAGAACGCACCCAUGAUUACCAUUAAUCUGAGUGCUUUGUUACCACCCACUUGAACCGGAACCUUUUUCAAUCAAAAUACUCGGGGCUGCGCUGCUUGUGUUUGCUAUGUGCAUCGACAGGAGCUGCGUCGCUUGCAGUGUUUUGUUAAUUUCCUCCACUUGUCAUAAUAGGCUCCAAAAAAUAACGAGGAUACAAUAACAGACCUAGUCUCUUAUAUAUGUAAAUCGCAAAAACUGCUGCGUGGGAUGCGCACAUUUCACCAUUUGACAAAGGUUUUUGGGCGAGGGUAGAAAAAAGGGAUAGAGAGGGAGAAAACUUAUCUUGAUUUCUUUUUUUUUUCUCCAAUUCGCAAAUGGCUUUCCACUGCUCCUGCUGUGAUCUGGGACCGGAGGAGGGUGUAUAACAGAUCGGAUACUUCAUUUAUGUGUGCAGUUCCACCCUCGCCGCCCUGGUCUUGCAGUUAACCACAGAUCCGUCUAUCUUUCCCUUUCAAUAUCCAGUAGUAAUAAUAAUAAUAAGGAAUAUACAAAUAAAGCAAAAGAUGGGGAACACGACAUCUUGCUGCGUGUCAUCCAGCCCCAAGCUGCGGAGAAAUGCUCACUCGAGGCUGGAGACCUAUCGCCCAGAACCCGAGCUAAGCAGGGAAGAUACUGGCUGUAACCUGCAACACAUCAGCGACAGGGAGAACCUAGACGAUGUGAAUAUGGAAUAUAACCCCUCAGACCAUCCGCGAGCCAGCACAAUAUUCCUCAGCAAGUCGCAGACGGAUGGGAGAACGUAUUGUGGAAGUGAUACCUCUGCUCAUGUUUUACAUCCGUUUGCUGUACCCUACAAAAAAGUGAGAGAAAAACGGAAGAGCCUUUACAUAAAUCAUCAUCCACCAGGGCAAAUAAGAAGAAAGUACAGUUCCUGUUCCACUAUUUUCUUAGAUGACAGCACCGUCAGUCAACCAAACCUCAAAUAUACUAUUAAAUGUGUAGCUCUUGCAAUAUAUUACCACAUCAAAAACAGAGAUGCAGAUGGAAGAAUGUUAUUAGACAUUUUCAAUGAGAAACUUCAUCCGCUUUCGAAAUCUGAACUGCCAUCAGACUAUGAGAAGCACGACCCGGAACAGAAGCAGAUCUACCGGUUUGUGCGAACUCUGUUCAGUGCUGCCCAGCUCACUGCAGAAUGUGCCAUUGUAACAUUGGUAUAUCUUGAAAGGCUCUUAACAUAUGCAGAGAUUGAUAUCUGCCCUUCAAACUGGAAGCGAAUUGUCUUAGGUGCCAUCUUGCUGGCUUCAAAGGUGUGGGACGACCAAGCGGUUUGGAAUGUGGAUUACUGCCAGAUCCUGAAAGAUAUCACAGUGGAAGACAUGAACGAGCUUGAGCGCCAGUUUCUUGAGUUGCUGCAGUUCAACAUUAACGUCCCUUCAAGUGUUUAUGCAAAGUAUUAUUUUGACUUGCGGUCCAUGGCAGAGGCCAAUAACUUAAGCUAUCCCUUGGAGCCCCUAAGCAGAGACAAAGCACAGAAACUUGAGGCUAUCUCCCGGCUGUGCGAUGACAAGUACAAGGACUUGAGGAAAUGUGCAAAGAAGCGCUCCGCUAGUGCGGACAAUCUGAGUGUGGUUAGGUGGUCCCCUGCCAUCAUAUCCUAGCUGUUCUUUAUCAUCCGUCCAGUUUUUGCCUGGGAGGAAACAAGAGACCUUAUCAACUCGGCUAGACGCCUUUACAGUGCCUCCAUCUUGUGCAGCACAGAGGGAACAGAUUUUAGUGUUAAUUUUUUUCUUUAAAAAAAAAAAAAAAAAAAAAUCUGAACUGUUUGAACAUCUUCCUUCGACUAUGAAGAGCAAAUGCAGCUGGGAUUAUUGAGGAGUAUGUUGAGAAUAAAAAAACAAUGAGAAGGUAAAAUACUGAGGAUUAGAAAAAUGGAAAAAGAACUGUGCCAUUAUACAUAAACAUACCUUCCUACGUGUUGCAAUGAGGGCCAGCAGAGAGGGGACCGUGUGUUACACUUUAUUUAUUCCAAUGUGUACGUUUGUGUUUGGAUCACAUUCCUGCUGGAUUUUGCAGAAAGUCCUUUCUCAAGCACAAGCAGUUCAUAAACAGGUAACAUCAUUUUACAGAGGUUACAUUAAUUUAGUGGCUCAUUAGGCAUUCCUAUCUUUCUCAAUUACACUGUCUUAAUACACAAAUAGAGCUGUUUUUGACCAGCAUUGUCUAAAUCUAAUUUAUCCGAGUGUAUUCCCAACUGUGGACCACAAAAGAAAAAAACAAUCCCUUUUCUAACAUGUCAUUUUAUUAAAUUAGUUUAUGCUUCUCUAAUAUAGUCCAGUAUGUGUUUGAAAAUGUUCCCAAGACCUCCUCGAUGAACAGGCCAAAAAGUUUGUAUGUUUACUAUAAAAUAUUGGUGUUUAGCAAAGUAUUUGUUUACUAAGACACCUAUUUGCAAAUAACAAAUGUGAUUUUUAAAUUUUUUUAAUGGGGUCCUUCAAGUAAUAUGAGAUUUUCAUGGACUUGUACUUGCUGGUAAGGCUUCUUUAGAAUAACUAAGCGAAAUAGUUCUCAGACCCUUUAUAAAUCUUGUUUCCAUGCUAACCCUUUGACUCGUGCUGUUAAAACCAAUGCCUUUUGUAACCUCUUAACUUUGUGUCCAUGUAAAUAUGAACUUUUUAGAUACUGAACUCUGUCGUGUUUGUGUGCGUUUGUUUUUGUGUCUGUAAGUGUGUUUGCAAGGAAAAACGUGUUACCCAUGAUGGCUUAAUGAAUAAUAUUAUAAAAAGCAUAAACAUAAAUUCAUUUGAUGGCUUAAGUGCAGAUGUUUCUAUUAAGAGGGAUUGAGUCUGUAUUUAUAUUUUUAUAUCCACAGCAUUAAAGAAAGUUUCGACAGUGUUUGGUUAAGCUUUGUCAAAAUUAGACAACUGAUUGAUUGUGUUGUCAAAAAAUAAAAGAAGUCCGAGGGACUUGUGUGUUGUGUCAUAAAAAUACCAUCGGACUGGUAAACUAUGGCACCUAUGGAAGUAAUUGUAAUUGCUUCGCUUGUCAGAAUUAGAAAUGACCUAAACUAAACAUUAAUAGUCAGGUCACACUCAAAACCUCUGCUUUUAAGUAGGGGUACAUUCUGAUUUGCAUGUGUUUUUUCUGUGGAGCCGUCAGAUACCGUAUAUCAGAGAGCAAGUAAAUGAUUAAUCCGUGCGAAAAAACAAUGCAAUGAAACUAAACUGCAAGAAGGGAAUCAUUCGGUCAGAUUUGUUCAGAACAAAAGUAGUGACCAUCUAUUAUUUCCACAUUCCACAUUCCACAUUCCACAUUUUCAAGGGCUUCCACAAAGCAUGUUCAAGGUUCAAUGAUGGGCUAUUUAAAAAGCCAGUCGGGAGAGACGGAGAAGCAGUAGACGGGUCGGCUCCUCAGGGUUUUGGUUUUGUCUGAUGGAUCCUGUGAUAAUCUUACUAUAUUAUAAUGAAUUAAAGUCUGAAUUUAUGUACUGUAAAUGCUUUGAUGCUUAACAAUAGUUACAGGCCAUACUUAAAGCUGUGUAAAUGUAACUUUACACACUGCAACAACAGGUAGCAGUCAGCAGACUGGGGGUGCACUUUUUGUUUAACAGUAGCUCAGUUGAAAACAAAAAGAAACGAUUAUGUGCUGUCAUUUUCUGCGGGCCUGAGUAACAGUAUGUGUCACGGAACCCAAGUUUAUAAAAAUGCAUAUGAGCAGGACCCUUAGCUGACUUGGGUUGUGUGGUGCUAUCCUGGGUAGAUUACUAACACAUGCACUUGUAUAACCCUCCUCAGAACCCACUACUGCAGAAAGGCUCCCCGUUUAAAUCAGAUAUUUGUUUGCGAGCAAUAAAAGUAGUUUUGGGUCUGAAGUGCCCUAUCAAAACUCCGAAUGCAGGUUUUUUGAAAGGCAGGCAGAUUUUCUUUUUUUUUGCUGUUGUUUUCAUAAUGAGUGUGCAAUCGAAAUGCAAUUAUAAACACAUUCUCUAAACCUGUAGUUUUUUUUCUUUCUAGAAGCAGAAAACCAGCCUGCUACGAUCACAUUAGCAAUUAUUUUGAAUUAUAAUAAGAAAUGGGACGGAAUUUUAUUCAUAAUACAAGCCAGCCUUAAAACAACAGAGGGUGAAACGCAACCCCCUCCCCCAGUCCAUCCUCUUAGCUCUGUAUGUUUUGGCCUGGCUGCUCACAAGCUGUGAAUCGCGCAAGUGACACAAACGUUACACGAAUGAAGAAGUGGCUUUGUGAAUGAUUGUUACUCAGAUGUUUGAACUCAGUCAUUAUUAAGUACAAGUGUACUUUUGUGAAGUGUAAUACAUUCUUUAAAGAUUGUAUAUCCUAUUUAUUGUAUGAAUGUAUGUGCAUACAGCCUGGUGUUUAUUUCAGAUCUAAAGUGAAUCCAGUCCAAUCAGGGUUAGCCUGGUUAUGUGUGUUUUAGACCAGUGCACAGGACUCUACCUCCUGAAUAGAGAUUAUUUAAAUGUUUUAUUUUAGAAUCUAUGAAUUUAGUUGGAACUGAAACAUUUGAUGUCUAAUUAUUAUUGGUUGUUUAUUGUGCUAACAAAACUAAAAACUGCUGUAAAUGGAUUCUAUAGUUUAGUUUUUUUUUAUGUUUUAGGUUAAAUCAUUUUGUGUCAUGCUGAUGUUUAUGUUCCUCCUUUAUGAAAAUGCAUUGCUUAGCCUUCGUUCUAAGUUUGCCAAAUACACAGCAGUAUAUAUUGAGUAUUAUCCAUGAUUGUAUUUUUGUUUGGCAAAGUGGUGGCCUGACAUAUCAUUAGGACUGGAGACUGAUUAGGCGCAUGAUGUCUCAGUUUAAUCUUUAUUUCUACUGGUAGAUCCAUUCCAUGAACAACGUUCAGAAAACAAUUAUAAACAUUUUAAACUUGCAAUAAAAAAAUAUUUUCUUUUAUCUAAAACUAUUGCUGGGUCUUUUAAAGGUUACAACUUUUUUUGGAAAGCUUUCUAAAAUGCUUAGCAUCUUUCUUUUUUUUUUUUAAUAUAUACAGUACAUUUAGUGUGCCCAAUUAUUUGACCCCUGAUUUUUCUCUCCAUUUUAGAAUGUCCAAUUAUUUGAUCCCCUCACCACAACAUAUCUCUUGUUGCUAAGGUUCUUCAAUUAAAGAAUCUCUGCAAUCCUUUUAGCAGUGACUUUAAAAUCCUGUUUUCUCACUGCAUGGUAAAGAUUUAAGGGGUAUUAAAUGUGAUGUGUUGACGAAGUACCUGUAUAUCUCAAUAAAACCCGAUUUAUCUUA